ACGGCGCCGCCCGGAACCCACCGCAGCGGCAGUGUGCCUGGAAGGUGGGGCGCUAGCAAGCCGCACCACUUCCGGACUUCAGGUAGAACUUUGCCCGCAGCUGGCUCCUGCGAGGAGGGCUCAGGGCUGCAGGUGAGUUGUACAUCUUGCAGUUGAGCACUCCCUGCCCUGAAUUUUCCAGCAAAGGUGCAGAAAUAAGCAGAGAACCCAUCAUACAGAGAACUUUGCCUUGCCAAUGGAUCUUGUUGGUUUUGGUUACGCGGCCCUUGUGACGUUCGGAAGUAUUUGGGGAUAUAAACGGAGAGGUGGUGUUCCAUCUUUGAUUGCUGGUCUUUCCAUUGGACUUUUGGCUGGCUAUGGAGCUUACCGUGUCUCCAAUGACAGACGAGAUGUUAAAGUAUCUUUGUUUACAGCUUUCUUUCUGGCCACCAUAAUGGGUGUGAGGUUUAAGAGAUCCAAGAAGAUAAUGCCAGCUGGGCUAGUUGCAGGCUUAAGCCUCAUGAUGAUUCUGAGACUUGUCUUACUGAUGCUCUGAGAAUCCGGGGAACCAAAAGCUAAAUUCAUGUCAUUCUACACUAAUGGACAGAACAUACUCUUGGAACUCAGAAGAUAAAUUUCGAUAUGGAAUAUUAAGUAUCGUAUUUAAUAUUAGAAACAAAAGAAACUGUUACUUCUAAUAUGAACACUAGUCUAAGGUUUGUUUUGUUUUUAACAAAACUGUUUUAUAGUUGUCAGGUACUGUUUUCAUUAAAGAUAUUUAAUAAAUUGUGAUACAUUCAUUAAGUUGCUAUGUUUAGUUUUAUGUGUGUGGUAUUUUUUAACAAUUUCCAGUACCUUCUGAAGUAAGUGUAAAUGAAACCACAGCAUAUCAGAUAAUGGAAUGCCCUAAUUGGACUUCACAGAAUGCCAAUAUAUCUAUAUGUCAUUUCUACUAUAUUAGAAAUUAUGUUUUUCCAUUUUCAUUGUAUUGCUGCCAAUGUUAUUUUUCUUUUAAAAAACUCAUUUUCAAACACUCUGUACUAAAAGAAUGUAUUCAGUAUUCAAAUAAAAGAUGUUCUGUGUUAAA